UGUGGUUUCUCCAGCUGUUCUGGCGAAGUGCUCCUGGUGUCUUGGCGCCAAAAUACUUCAUUGUACGUUAUCGGUCACACGUGUCAACAUGCUGCGUAAACGCGGUGCAUUGAUAGUUCUGGAAGGUGGUGAUCGGGCAGGGAAGUCGACCCAAACGAAGAUGUUGACAAAAGCGUUGAUCGACCGGAAGAUUCCUGCGGAGGCUCUAAGUUUUCCAAAUAGGGAAACACGCGUUGGCGCUGUUUUGAGUGAGUUUUUAUCCAAAAAAAUACAUGUGCCACCAGUAGCAGCUCAUUUGCUAUUCUCCGCUAAUCGUUGGGAAUGCGAAAAGGAGAUGAAGAUGACGCUCUUGUCCGGUGUCACUUUAAUCGUGGACAGAUACGCGGCGUCCGGUGCCGUUUACGGACAAGUCAAUACUGGUAGAAGCCUCUUUUGGUGCCAGCAAGCUGACAUGGGUCUUCCGAAGCCUGACUGCGUGGUGUUUCUCAAAGUGUCCCCACAACUUCAAGAGCAGCGUGGCGACUGGGGAAAAGAGAGAUUCGAACGUAAUGAUUUUCAGCAGCGUGUUAAUGACAAUUAUGAAAAAAUAAAAGACGAUACUUGGAUUGUUGUAAACGCGGACCACGAUCAAUUAACAGUGCACGCUCAGAUAUUGGAAAAAGUGCUGACGGUCAUUGAGGAUGUUGAAAGCAGUGACAUAGCAAAAUUGACGUAAUAUCAAGAAAACAUAUAGAAGCAACAUAGAAGCAUUUGAUGUUACACGUAAUUGAGAUGUAUAUAUAUACACGUGAAAAGUAUGCACUUUAGAUUAGAAAAAAAGGAAAACAUCAUCCUCUCCUCCAGAAUGAUCUCGACAAAAAUUUUUUAUUUUUCUAUUAAUUUUACAGUGUUUGACGUUAUCUUGAGUAAGACCUUAAAAUAUCUUAAAUGCAUUUUUUUUCUAUUUUAACUUACAGACACAUUACUAUUUUUUUACUUGGACAUUUGUAAAAUAAUGUUGGAUCUUGUAUAUUAUAAUGUUAGACUUUGUUAUCAGACAGUAUACUAUCGCAAUUUAUAUGAAUUAUUAUUUCGAUAGUUAUGUAUUUGCAGAAUUUUUUAUGAUAGGACCUUAUGAAAAAUACGAAAUUAUUGACGAAAGAAAUGACUUAACAAA